ACGGUGAUGGAGUUUGGGGGAGGAUUCACACACAACCAGAUAAAUAUCACAGUCCAGUCGUGUUUCAGACAUUUUAUGGGUUCCUUUCGAGAAACGAUGUGGAAAAUGGCAAUCAAAUUCAUUUUGUUCUAUUUGUGUUUGUGGAGUCUGGUUGGUGUGUUUGGCGAUUCAGAUGAAGUGAGGUCAGUGUUUGUGACAGAGGAAGAUUCGGUCACUCUAAACUCUGGUCUUACUGAAAUACAGACAGAUGAUGAGAUCGAGUGGAGGUUUGGACAUACCAACUUACUCAUAGCUGAACUCAGUAUUAAGUCCAGUAUGAUCCUUUUGUAUGAUGGCGAUGAUGGGAGAUUCAGAGACAGACUGAAGCUGGAUCAUCAGACUGGAUCUCUGACCAUCACAAACAUCACAACCACAGACUCUGGAGUUUUUACAGUAAGCAUCAUCAGCGGAAGCAGAGAGAUCAGAUACAUAUUCAAUGUUACUGUCUAUGCUCGUCUGCCUGUUCCUGUCAUCAGCAGAAACUGUUCUUCAUCAUCGUCAUCAUCAUCAGAGCAGAAUUGUUCACUGCUGUGUUCAGUGGUGAAUGUGAGUCAUGUGACUCUCUCCUGGUACAAAGGAAACAGUUUAUUGUCCAGCAUCAGUGUGUCUGAUCUCAGCAUCAGUCUCUCUCUACCUCUGGAGGUGGAAUAUCAGGAUAAAAACAGCUACAGCUGUGUGCUCAACAAUCCCAUCAGCAACCAGACUCAACAUCUGGACAUCACUCAACUCUGUCACACAUCUGCAGCUGUGUUAGGUGAUCCAGAUGAAGUGAGGUCAGUGUCAGUGAUGGAGGGAGAUUCAAUCACUCUAAACUCUGGUCUUAAUGAAACACAGAGAGCUGAUCAGAUAUCGUGGACCAUAACGUUUAAACCAAACAACUUGCUCAAAGCUAAACUCAGUAGAUCGCACAGUAUGAUCUCUAUAUAUGAUGCUCUUGAUGAGAGUUUCAAAAACAGAGUGAAGCUGGAUCAUCAGACUGGAUCUCUGACCGUCACAAACAGCAGAAGCACAGACUCUGGACUUUAUGAAGUUAAGAUCAGCAGCAGCAGACGCACCGUUAACCAGGGAUUCAAUGUUACUGUCUCUGGAAUCUGAGAUGACGGUGUGUUUCAGCUCAGAACGAUGAUCAAAAUCUCUGUGACUCUGUUUCUCACAAACUCUUUUCUGACCACAACAACUGCAUCUGCCUUUACACUUACUGUUUCAAAUAUAACAUGAUUUUUGUCAUCUAUGAUCAUCCUCUAAUGAGUUUAUUGUUAUCCUGAAUGAUAAAUGCUCUAGAUUAUUAAAAAACGGUUUAGUUA